AGGACAUGGAGGGCGAGGGGGGCCCGGGCCGGGCCGGGGCCGUGCGGGAGCUCUGCCGCUCCUUCGGACACUACAACCGGCACCUGGCGCGGCUGCAGCACAACCUGCGCGAGACCAGGAGGUUCUUCCGCGACGUCAAGUUCUCCCAGGGACACCCCUUCGCCCCGGAGGCCGCCGGAGACGCUCCCCACGGAGGGGACGGGGAUGAGGAGCCCGGGGACGGCCCCGCGCCCGGCGGGCAGAACUUCAUCUCCUUCCCCCGGCACGAGGAGGAGCAUCUCCAGCGCUCCGUGAGCUGGCACCCCUGCCUGCUCAUCCUGGGCCAGAACUGCAGUGCCAAGUGCCAGCUGCUCAACAUCCUGCUGGGGGAGAAGCUGCUGCCCACCACCAAGAUCAGCAACGAGGAGAACUGCAAGAGGCGGCGGAUCCGCUUCACGCACGGCAGCCAGACCCGGGUGAGCCUGGCCCUGCCCCAGCAGUACGAGCUGGUGCACGUGCUGGCAGCACACAGGGGGCACUGGGACACCAUCCCUGAGGAGGACCUGGAGAUCCAGGGGGACCCCGAGGACCCUGCCCACCGCAUUGCCGAGCUGGAGGUCAUGCUGCCCUACUCGCUGCUCAAGGAGGUGGACGUGGUGGUGGCUCCGUGCCGGGGCUUCCAGCCGGCCGAGGACACCCUGGGCGAGUUGGUGAACCAGGUGCUGCCCGUGGUGACCUUCGCCAUCAGCGAGGCCCAGCUGUCCCCCUCGGACCAGAGCGAGCUGAGAACCAUCAAGGAGAAAUUCUCCCUGCCCAUUUUCUUCUUCCGCGUGCCCGAGGCCGGCGGGGAGCUGAUCUCCCCCAAAAAACCAGACAGCGACAAGUCCCCCCUGCACUGCCAACUGCUGGACCUGCAGUACCUGAGCCCCAACCACUGCAGCUGCGGGGACAGCGGGGCCCAGAGCAUGUUGGUGGAGCAGCUGGAGAAGCUGAGGCUGCUGAGCACCUUCUCCAGGCAGGUGCUGCAGAAGCACUUGGUGGAGGCGGCCACGAGCCUGAACGAGCUGCACUGUCGCUGCCUCAACAUCUUCAUCAACCAGGCCUUCGACAUGCAGAGGGACCUGCAGAUCACGCCCAAGAGGCUGGAGUACACCCGCAGGAAGGAGAACGAGCUCUACGAGUCCCUCAUGGGCAUCGCCAACCGCAAGCAGGAGGAGAUGAAGGACAUGAUCGUGGAGACUCUGGGCAACAUGAAGGAGGAGCUGCUGGAGGACGCGGCCAGCAUGGAGUUCAGAGAUAUCAUCAUUCCUGAGAACGGGGAGCCCGUCAGCUCCAAGGACAUCAAGUGUUGCAUUAAACAGAUCCAGGAACUGAUUAUUUCUCGGUUAAACCAAGCAGUUGCCAACAAGUUAAUCAGCUCAGUGGACUAUCUGAGGGAGAGCUUCGUGGGGACUCUGGAGAGGUGCCUCAAGAGCCUGGAGGAGUCCUGGGAGGUGUCAGUACAUCCUGCAAGGAGCUUGGAGAAGCCCAAGGAUGGUUCUGUGCACAUCACGAGCAAUUAUCUCAAACAGAUCCUAAAUGCAGCUUAUCACGUCGAAGUCACUUUUCACUCUGGCUCAACAGUGACCAGGAUGCUGUGGGAGCAGAUCAAACAGAUAAUCCAGCGGAUCACAUGGGUCAGCCCCCCUGCCAUCACCAGUGACUGGAAGAGGAAGGUGGCCCAGGAUGCCAUCGAGAGCCUCAGCGCUUCCAAGCUGGCCAAGAGCAUCUGCAGCCAGUUCAGGACCAGGCUCAACAGCUCCCACGAGGCUUUUGCAGCUUCCCUGCGGCAGCUGGAGGAUGGCCACUCUGGCAGGCUGGAGAGGACGGAGGACCUGUGGCUGAAGGUGCGGAAGGAUCACGCUCCCCGGCUCGCCCGGCUCUCCCUGGAGAGCAGAUCCCUGCAGGAUGUGCUGCUGCACGGCAAACCCAAGCUGGGCCGGGAGCUGGGCCGGGGGCAGUACGGAGUCGUGUACCUGUGUGACACCUGGGGGGGGCACUUCCCCUGCGCCCUCAAAUCCGUUGUUCCUCCAGAUGAGAAGCACUGGAAUGACCUUGCACUCGAGUUUCACUAUAUGAGGUCCCUGCAGACACAUGAGAGGCUCGUGCACCUCCAUGGAUCUGUGAUAGAUUAUGGCUAUGGAGGAGGCUCCAGCAUUGCUGUGCUGCUGAUCAUGGAGAGGCUGCACAGGGACCUCUACACGGGGCUAAAGGCUGGGCUGGAGUUGGAGACACGGCUGCAGAUUGCCCUGGAUGUGGUGGAAGGGAUCCGGUACCUGCACAGCCAGGGGCUGGUGCACAGGGACAUCAAACUCAAAAAUGUCUUGCUUGACAAGAAGAAUCGAGCCAAAAUCACUGACCUGGGGUUCUGCAAACCAGAGGCCAUGAUGUCUGGCAGCAUUGUGGGCACACCCAUCCACAUGGCUCCUGAGCUCUUCACAGGGAAGUACGAUAACUCCGUGGAUGUUUAUGCCUUUGGAAUUCUCUUCUGGUACAUCUGCUCGGGCCACGUGAAGUUACCAGAGGCUUUUGAGAGAUGUGCAAGCAAAGAUCACCUGUGGAACAACGUUAGGAGAGGAGUGCGCCCGGAGCGUCUCCCGGUGUUCGAUGAGGAAUGCUGGCAGCUGAUGGAAGCCUGCUGGGAUGGGGACUCCUCCCAGCGCCCUCUCCUGGGGAUUGUCCAGCCGAUGCUGCAGGGGAUCAUGGACAGGCUCUGCAAGUCCAGCUCUGAGCACCCAAAUAAAGGCUUGGAUGACUCGACUUGAGGAGGAGGCGCAGCAGGAUUUUGGAAUUGCGGGGGAAUUUCUCUUCCCCCCUCCCCAAACUCUGCAGGAGGCUUCUCCAGGUGGAGCUCCGUGCCCAGCCUGGCUGGGACAGGGACCAGCAGCCAGGAGAUUGCUCAGAGAGGUGAGACCUCGGGGCUGUUCCCCGCUGAGGAGCAGCCAGAGCAAUCCCAGCCCACCCCAGCGGUGCCAGUUAUCCCACUGCAGCUUCUCCCGUGGAAUUGUGCAACAAGGCAGAGAAGAAUCCCACGCCCUUGAACUAAAAGGGAUUUAUUUUUUUCCUUUUUUUUUUUUUUUCUUUGCCAAUCCCACACCACCAACCCAGCCAAGCAAAGCAUUGUGUGUGUGUGUGUGUGUGUUUGUCUGUGUGCCCACGCCAGGCUUUACUCCGUGAAGGAAAAGCUCUUCCCAGGAACUGCGGGGGCCACACGGAUCCAUCCCGGUCUCUCAGCGAUGGCACUAAUUCCAGAGCGGUUGGAGAGGAAGGAGAAAGCAAAAAAAAAAACAAAACAAAAAACUCUAGGCUAGAAGUGUUUAGAAGCAUCUGUAGGAGUUUCUGCAACACUUGAGAUGUUUACAUUGACAGGAGCAAAGCUUCCAUGUUUUACUGGGGGGGGAUUUGCAACCCCCCCCACACCUUAUAAGCUAUUUAUCCUUUAUGUGCCCUUCACCUCUUACUCCUGUUAAAAGACAAAAAAACAAACAAACAAACAAAAAGCUCUUUUUUUUUUCUGGUUA